CAGUUAUUCAGCAUGGCGUCCUCCGUAAGGGCAGCUUCACGGUUUUGUUCUUUGUAUCUGUUUACGUCUUCAAGACACAAUGUCAGCAGUGCAUUUAGACGGUCCUGCCGACCCUGCUCCUCUCGACCGGUCAGGAGCAGUCUGUACGAGCAUGUGCUGGAAGGGUACAGUCACAAACCUAAACUGGACAUGCGGCGUGUGUGCGAGGAGACGGAUGCGGUGAAGGAGGAGGUGGAGAAUCGGAAAGGAGAUCUGCGGGCAGCUGAUGUCGGAGUUAUCAUCUCAGUAUGGAAGGAAUUACAGAAGGUGCAAAAAGAAAUAUCAGAUUUGGAGACGAGAAAGAAUGUGAUCAGUGUCAAAGUCCGCGCUCUUGUGGAUGAACAUGACAAAUCUACUUUGGCUAGUCUUGAGGAGUACACGAGUGCUAGGGAAGAGGGUAGAGCAAUCAGAGAGAAACUUAUACAGUUGUAUGUGCAAGAGGGUGAGCUGGAGAAACAACAUUACUGCCGUGCCCUAAAAUUGCCCAACAGAACACAUCCAAGUGUGCCCAUCGGAGAUGAGAGCCAGGCAAGAGUGGUUGAAUUGGUUGGUCAGAAACGAGAAUUUGAUUUCAAACCAAAAGGCCACCUGCAAAUUGGAGAGAGUCUUGACAUCGUAAGACAAAGACGGCUUGCCCAUGUGUCAGGGCACAGAUCAUACUAUUUGAGAGGUGUAGGGGCCAGACUUCAGUUUGCCUUGCAAAAUUAUACCAUGGAUCUUCUUCAGAAACGGGGCUUUAUUCCCAUGGUUGUUCCUGACAUGCUAAAAUCAGUGGUUUUUGAGGGUUGUGGGAUGCAGCCUAAUGCUCAUAAAUCACAGGUGUACUCUCUGGACCCUUCACGCUUUCCUGACCUUAAUCUUGCUGGUACUGGGGAAGUGGGAGUGGCAGGCUAUUUCAUGGAUCAUGCUGUAAAUCUGAAGGAUUUACCUGUCAGGACAGUCUGUAGUAGCACAUGCUAUCGAGCUGAAACAGAGACAGGCAGAGAGGCCUGGGGGCUCUACAGAGUUCACCAUUUUAACAAGGUUGAAAUGUUUGGUGUGACUUCGAAUGAGACGGGAGAGGAGAGUUCCCAAUUGUUGGAUGAAUUUGUCACGUUACAGAACGAGAUUUUCUCUUCCCUAAAACUUCAUUACAGAGUCUUGGAUAUGCCCACUCAAGAAUUGGGGCCUCCUGCCUUCCGAAAAUAUGAUAUUGAGGCAUGGAUGCCAGGACGUGGCAGCUUUGGAGAGAUUUCCAGUGCCUCAAACUGCACAGACUACCAGAGUCGGCGCCUUAACAUUCUCUAUGAGGGAAAUGAUGGAAACCUUAAGUAUGCACAUACGGUUAAUGCUACAGCUUGUGCUGUUCCACGUACUGUCAUUGCGAUUUUGGAGACACACCAAACCAAGGAAGGGACGGUUCUGGUUCCUGAAGUUUUGCAGCAUUACCUUGGAUUGGAAGUGAUAGAAAAACCUAAAUACACUCCUAUUAAAUAUAUAGGACCAAACCAACCCAAGCGUCAUACCUCAAAAUAACUCUUUAAUAGUAUAUCAGACUUCAGUGAAGUACCGUUUUUGCUGUAUUCUCAACAGUGAAUGCAAUGUAUAUAGGUAUUUGGCAUAACUUCUUGUUUGAGAAGUGAUUUUUUUUCCAAACCAACAUUUAUGUGGCUUUAUCCAAAUUUUCAAUAAAAUGUAAUCA